UCGUGACAAAGCUGACCUCCAAAAACAACCAAGAAAUCUCACGACGCGUCCUCCUCCCACUCCUCUCCUCCCCCCUCUCGCCAUGGCCGGCCGCCUCCUCGCCGCCCCUCUCCUCCUCUUUGUGCUCCUCCAGCUCCCCGUGCCGUCCCAGGUGCGCGCGUACCCGCUCGCGGCGGCACACUCUGGUCGGUGCCCAAGGCCGGAGGAGAGACCGCCGCCGUUCCUCCAGGGGCUCCGGCGAACCUGCCGCACCUCGACGGAGGGGCACCCGGCCGAGGAGGUUAAUGGGGAGGAACUUAUCAGAGAGUUGGGUGGAAAGGAGUACACUGCUGUCCUCUUCUAUGCAUCAUGGUGCCCUUUCUCUCAUAGAAUGAGACCAAUCUUCGACGAUCUUAGCUCAAUGUAUCCACAUAUUAAGCACUUGGCUGUAGAACAGUCCAACGUGAUGCCAACAGUUUUAUCAAGAUAUGGUGUCCGCAGCCUUCCUUCUAUACUAAUAGCUCAUGAGUCAUAUGCAUUUUGGCCUCUUGUUGCCAAAGAUCUCAACUCACUGGUCAACUUCUACUCUGCUGUUACUGGACAAGAACCAGUUGCAUAUCUUGGUCCACGGAAGUGGAUCACAACCGAAAGAAGCACACAGUAUGUGAAGCUUUGGAAUGGUUCAGUCAGCGAAUCAGUGAAGGGCGAGCCCUACCUAGCAUUCAGCAUCUUCUUUAUUUGCCUAAGGGUGUUCUCGUUCUUCUUCCCAAAGUUCUUCGCCUGCAUCAAAGGCUUGUGGGCCCAAUACUUCCGGCACGCCAACUUUGGAGUCCUUGCCAAAUUGACGCAGCUGCUCGAAUGUGUGCCCCAUGCCGUGGAUGUAAGGAAGAUGUGGAGCAAAUGGAGGCUCAUGGUUGGAGCCAUAAACAUGAGAGUCUGGGCAUCAUCUCUAGCUUCGGUGUCUCUUGGUGGGCAAUCUUCUCCCCGAGCUGCUAGAUUGGAUUGAUGGUUUGGAUUUUAAUGUCGGGCGGGAGAGCAUGCGGGCUGUUUGAAUUGCGCUGGAUGUGGAAGCUCCUAUAACUCACAUGAACAUGUAGUGAAACAUCUUGUUUGUAGCAUGUAAAUCUUAGGGAUACUGUUGAGCCUGUGUAGACCACACUGUAACAUUAAUCAUGAGUACCAAUUGUCAUAGUUUUUGAGCAACUGGGCACACAUCAUAAGCCCUUUUACUAUUUUUCACAUGUAAUCUGCAAUUGCAGUAUGUUCAUCUGUCUUGUACUAAUAAGUGAAAGACAUUUCGACCUA